GCCGCCACUCCAUACAACUCCGUGACCCCCUCCCUCCCACAGAAGCCCGGACUCGCUCCGAUGGCCGUCCGGCCUCUGACGCCGACCCUCCCUCCGACGCUACUCCGCGGCCACCUCGGGCCUCGGCUGCGGAAUCCCUCAGCACCGCUCGUGCUCCGCCUGCUUUCCGGCAUCCGCUCGCCCCUCCUCCACUCCGACGCCGCUCCACGCCCCCAUCAGAUGCGGACCGCCCCCUCGGUUGCAGGAGUCCUCGGCACGUCGACGCUCGUCCGAUUCGCCCCCGAACUAGGCCGUCCGCCCCACCGCAACGUCCGAGAUGGCUCCUGGAAAGAAGCAGAAGAACCGGAAGCCAACCAACCCACCAAGAGCUUGAUUGAUCAGGGCCCUUCACAUUGGUUUAGCACGGUUGCUGCUUUUUUGGUGUGCCCAUUCAGAUUCUAAUUAUUCAAUUCAGUACCUUUUCUAUGUGUGGCACAACAUGGAAAUAGGAAUUGCAAUACCCUGUUGCUUUGCUUCUUUGCAGUACCCUGUUGCUUGCUUCUAAAAUUGUAGUGUCAUGUGAUGUGUCUGACUGUCUUGAGUGGUUGAGUCUGACAAUUAUCAGUCAUAGUGUUGUUACUAUGUUAAUGGAAUUCAAACUUGCUUGUUAUAUCAGCGCAGGGUGACAGUUAAGCUGAGUCUCUGACUUUGGUAAUAGCUAAAAGAAAUGAAUAUCUUCUGUGGUAAUCAAAUUUGCUUUCUUUACCUGCAGGUCCUGUAACCUUCUAUAGUGGAUUAAUCUAUUGGUUGUACUUCUAUGUUUGGUUGUUCCAGGAAUUAGGAUACAAAUAGUUUCCUGUAAAAUUUGCUAAAUAAAUCAUAAAUUGAAAUAACACAUGAUCUUUCUUGCGUCAAGUCAAAAGCCUAAUUCAUAGCCUCUUCAAUAGCUUAGUCGGAAUUGGUGUGCUUUAAUGUUUUGUUGCCAAAAUUUCAUUUUUUUUCUAGCUCUGGAAUUAUCAAAAUGCCCAGAAAUAAAUAUUGUUGUCUGUUUUAAUUUUUUGUCGCUUCUUUCAUCUCAUGGCUGAAAUCACACGAACUAUAUUUUACACGUAUAUAGUUGCUGAGAUUGAUGUCUUGAAAAAAAA